AUGUCUUCUGGAGUGAGGACGAGAGCGCAGAAAAGGAGGAUUGGGGAGCGAGACGUGUGGGAUUUGAUCGUGAAGUGCGACGAUAUUUGUUUCAAACACAUCAUUCCGAGACUGAAUGAGACGGAUGUGAAAUUCUUGUACGGAGUGAAUACAGAGACGAGAGCGUUGGUGAAGAGAUCAACUCGCAAGGGGGAGUUGGAAGGGAAGUUUAAAGUCUACGAGAUGUCGUCGAUAUCGACUUUGGAAGUAGCGUGGGAGAAUAAAUCGUUGUGGCCGAGUUGGUGGGACGAAAUAUGGUUCUGCCGUCAAGUUGCUCAAACGAAUAAACUCGAAUUGCUCGAGUGGAUACGAGAGGAGAAAAAGUGUACGUGGAAUUCAAGGACGAUUAAUGCGGCCGCAUAUCAAGGUAAUCUGGAAAUGGUAAAGUAUUGCGUGGCAAAUGAGUGUCCUAUCGAUGAGUGGGCGUGUGCAUGGGCUGCCCAAAACGGUCAACUCGAGGUACUCAAAUACUUACGCGAAGAAGCGAAAGUGCCUUGUGAUGCGACUACUGCCUAUCGGGCGGCUUCAAAUGGCCAUCUUCACAUACUCGAAUAUCUUGUUGAGCGUAAGUUUGAUAAAUAUGACGAAUGGGCGUGUACGUUGGCGGCCAAGUUCGGCUACUUCGACUGUUUGGUGUACUUGCACGAAACCGCCAAAGCGCCGUGGGACUCUUGGGGCGUAUUCUGGGCAAACAAGAACAACCACCCCGAAUGUUUACAAUACCUCCUCGACAACAACUGUCCUCUCCCACGCGAUUGGCGAUACGAGGACGGAACUUUACACAACUCAUAA